CGAAUCCCAUCCAAAAUCAUUCAACAGCCAGACAACAUACAGUCCACAUCAAACAAAUUAAACUGAAAAACAGAAACACAACAAAUUUCGUUUGCAAAAAUGCUUAAGGAGGGUAUUUGGAAGCGUUCGAAUCCCAUUGUCGCCAAGGAUCACAUCGGAGCCAUUCUCCCAGCGACUGUUCGGCCGGAUCCCAUUGAGCAGCAGCGCGACGAGGAGCCGCCCUGCAUGAGCUACAUCCUCGGGUGGGAGUACGGCCGCAAGUGGCUGGAGCGACGGGACCACAUCAAGCGCCGCCAGGCCGUGGUUAAGUCUAUGGUUUUAAUAGUGCCGGACUUCGCCUGGUGGGUGAACCAGCGGCGACCCCUCUACGUGCGCAAGCAGCGCUUCCGUGCCAAGCCCAAGCCAAAGUCUGGACAGAGGCAUCCGAUGACCGCCUUCGCAGAGGGCAAGCAGCGGCGUGAGGCACAGGAACGCCAUAUACAGGAGUACCGCAACAAGUCCACCAUCUAAGGGAUCCAUUGCGGUUCCACACGAGCGACACACAGCGCACACUUAAACCAGAACACAGCAUCGACCAUCACCACACUAGUGACAAAAGCCAACCAUAAAUUUUCACAUUUUACAUUACGCCUAUGUGGGCGUGGCUGAAGUCUAUUCCAGAAACAUAUAUUUUAUGUCCCAAUGGCUUUACACGAAAAACACGAUUCUUCCAAGUACUGAGAUGCUUAAUGUUAAAUAAUAAUAAACGAUUAAACAACUUCAGGGACUAUCAAUAA